AUGCGCUCGUUAGUUGUAAUGCGUUCGUUAGUUGUAAUGCGUUCGUUAGUUGUAAUGCGUUCGUUAGUUGUAAUGCGUUCGUUAGUUGUAAUGCGUUCGUUAGUUGUAAUGCGUUCGUUAGUUGUAAUGCGUUCGUUAGUUGUAAUGCGUUCGUUAGUUGUAAUGCGCUCGUUAGUUGUAAUGCGUUCGUUAGUUGUAAUGCGUUCGUUAGUUGUAAUGCGUUCGUUAGUUGUAAUGCGCUCGUUAGUUGUAAUGCGUUCGACCUCGGACGCUGGUGGCUUGGCGUAUCGAUAUGUUUUUGAUGCCUGGGCAAAGCCAGGCCCAUCACUGCUGGAGGGCCGGUCGAUGUUCGUAGGGAACUACCACCAAUGUAGAGGUAUACAAUCUCCAGAUGUGACAAAGACUGGUGAGAGAUUUGAAGGCAAUUACUGUGUAGUCUCUUUGGCUAAUUUAACUACUUCACAGGUAAGCUAUAUGAGAAGCGAUUUUGUUACAAUGAUGGCGUUGUCCAGAGUUCAGAUUGGUACCUGUUUACCUGAUACCUGUACACAAAAAGAUAUCACAAACCUGUUUGGAGAAAGACUACGAGCCAUGAACCUGAGCUCAUUGCUGGGCGCUUAUUCAGCGGACUGUCUGUCGGACAAGAGAGAGGUCACAACGUUCACAAUAGUUGCUUUGCUGAUAGUUGUAGUGAUAGGUACUCUAGUCAUCUCGGGUACAGCCGUUGAUCUGGCAGCUCAGUUCUGCAAGCCGGGGUCAACCAAUCUCACACCGGAAGGUCAAGCCAAGGAACCGGAACAAGAAACCAACAACAAGGAACCGGAACAAUUAACCAACACCAAGGAACCGGAACAAUUAACCAACACCAAGGAACCGGAACAAUUAACCAACACCAAGGAACCGGAACAAUUAACCAACACACAAACUACAGGCAAGAUACAAAUAAUCGCUGUACAACACACAGUCAACAUCUCUAAGACAAUUCUCAAUACCUGUCUUACAGGUGUGUGGGUGAAAUGCUUUCUGUCAUUCUCCGCCUGCACAAACUGGAAACGCCUUUUGUCCACAACACAGGCUCCUGGGUCAAUCACAGUCAUCUAUGGUCUUCGAUUUCUGUCCAUGUCAUGGAUGGUUUUUGGGCACACCUUUUUGAUAUUAACUUAUGGUCGUGCAAGUAAGAGUAACGUCGCCCAAGGGAACGCUUCUCUGAAACGCUACAGAAUCUUUGAUAUCAUCACCAACAUGCACCUGGGGGUGGAUACUUUCUUUGUUAUCAGCGGCUUUCUGAUGUCCUAUCUCAAGCUGAAGAAAGUCACCGAGAGCGGGUGGAAAUAUAAUUGGAUACGCUAUUUCUUACAUCGGUACUGGAGACUAACCCCGACCUACUUGGUGGCCUUCGUCUUAAUCGUGGGCCUUCAGAGAUUUUUUGUUUCGGGCCCGACAGCCCCCACAGUUCAACCUUUCCAAAAAGAAGCCUGUGAGAAAUACUGGUGGACCUACCCUCUCUAUAUUAACAACCUGAUGAGGUUUGGGCGAGCUGAAAUGUGUUUUCUCCACGCCUGGAGUAUGGCGGUUGACUAUCAAUUUCACCUUCUUUGUCCGCUGAUGGUGGUGCCCUUCUAUUAUCACAGAUACUAUGGGAUCGCCAGUUGUCUCCUGUUCGCCGUGGCCCAGAUGAUUGUGUCCGGAAGUCUGGCCUACCAUUUCAAAAUGACAGUCGCAACAUUUGGGAAACCGCUGGAACAUCUGAACUACAUCUACUUCCCGUUCUACACCCGGAUCGGUCCUUUCGCACUGGGUAUCCUGACCGGGUACAUUAUGUCCACCAACAACGGCCGUGUCGUCAUGGACAGGUACGUUGUUGUAAUUGGCUGGAUCCUUUCUACAACAUCCGGAUUGGCUGUAGUGUUUGGUGUCCAUGGUGAUUUGAGCGGGGAAAAUCUCAGCAGUUUAUUGGUGGCUUCUAUUUACACUGCAACAUUCCGGACAGUAUUUGGGGCCUGUAUUUGUUGGAUCAUUGUCGCCUGCACGUCUGGAUAUGGAGGACCAAUUCACGCCUUCCUGUCCUGGUCACCAUUCACAGUCCUGAGCCGCUUGACCUAUAGUGGCUACCUCAUCCACAUCAAUGUACUUGAUGUCAUGCUUCAGAACCUGGAGCAGCCCAUUUAUUUAAACAUGUUUGCUGUGGUUGUUUACGGAACGGCCGGCGUUGUCUUUAUCAGCGCCGUGGCCGCCAUCUUGUUUGUGUGUGUGGAGAUGCCGACGUUAAGUCUGGAGAAAGUUCGAGCUAACGGAAGGAAACUGUAA